GUGGCGCAGAAUGGAAAUGAUCGAGUAUCAGUUGAGGAGAGGGAAACCAUCCCGGCUGUCAUCACGGUGGAGGGAGGGCCGCCCGAGAAGGAGGAAGAGGAGGAGCCUGUGAAUCUUGAUACACGAGAAGGAGUUAUGGCAUUACAGCGACGUCAAUGUCGCG